AUGCCGCCGCCCCCGCCUUCGGUGGCCAACCGCGACCGCUACUGCCGGGGCUGCACCGGCCAGAGAGACAAGAUUGGGGUGUUACCUAGCGGCCCAACGCGGGGACGCACCGCAAAAGCGGACGGCCACGGCGUCCGGGACGACCCAAAUCCGGCCCAAAUCUUGGACGAGUUUGCGUGGUCGUGGACGCGAAAGGCUGGUCGCUCGCGUCCUCCCCUUGUCCGCCCCUGGCCCGCCUGUCUGCCUCCCAAAACACAAGCCCGUCGCACACAUCUCCCCACCGCUCCGCCGCCACCCACGGACCGGCGAUUUGGGAGCGCGUCGACGCCGGCCAUCGUCGUCGAGACGCCGGCAAGCGGGGCGGAAGCAAAGGUCGAGGUCCCGCGCUGCUUUCGCCGCGUCGUAGCAGAGUCGGAGGACGCCGCCGCCGGCGCUGUUGUCCUCUCACCGUCGCGACACCUCCCGUCGUUCGCAGCUGCGCCGUUUCCGCCGGAGAUCAUGGUGGACAGCGACGACGAAUACUACUUCAAGAACUUCAUCGACACGUCGUCAGAAGAGGAGUCCGACGACGAUUUUUUCACGGAUGCUGCGAUGCUCAUCCACGAGCACAUUGUCUCGCAAAUCCCCGUGUACCGGGGGUCCUUGCCGGGGCGCGCGGCCGCCUUGGACCGCAAAAGAGAACGCGGCCACGACCAGCUCUACAACGACUACUUCCAACCCAAUCCAUUGUUCGUGCCGUCCUUGUUUCGCCGUCGUUUUCGGAUGACCAGGCCGCUAUUCCGCCGGAUAAUGGAUGGCGUCAAGAUCUACGACGACUACUUCUGUGCGAAAGUGGAUGCAAUUGGCAAGGUAGGCCUCUCUUCG